AUGGCAGCAUUCCGCGUCAAUGCUCCCGGUUAUCCUCCUGCCAUUGAAACUGAUUAUCCUCCUGCCAUUGAAACUGAUUAUCCUCCGGCCACUGAGCCUGCUCAUCCUCCUGCCACUGAAACUGCUCAUCCUCCUGCCACUGAAACUGCUCAUCCUCCUGCCACUGAAACUGCUCAUCCUCCUGCCACUGAGACUGCUCACCCUCCUGCUACUGAGACUGCUCAUCCUCCUGCCACUGAGACUGCUCAUCCUCCUGCCACUGAAACUGAUUAUUCUCCUGCCACCGAAACUGAUUAUCCUACUGCCACUGAAACUGAUUAUCCUCCUGCCACUGGAACUGGUCAGAUUUCUAUUGCUGUAUACACGCUACAACGAACUUGCUGA